UAGUGCCAGAAAUUAGAAAUACUGUCGCCACUGUAAAGGAUGUUAUAACGUUUUUCAGAGAAUCGACUACACGUCGAAACUACGCUCCAAACCUAUCACGAUUGUGUGAGACGAGAUGGUCCGAAAAAUAUAAAUCAAUCAGAAAGUUUUCUCAACAUUUCCCAGAGCUUGUGAAAUCUCUAGAAACGUUAUCCGUAGAGGGAAAUUAUGCCACCAGAAAAUCUGCAUAUCAGUUGCAUUCAGCCGUUACAAAACCAGUGUUUAUUGUUGCUCUACAAACAAUAGCCAAAUAUUCAGCAGUUUUAGAACCAGUAGUUAACGCACUGCAAGCCAAAUCGAUCGACAUGAUCUCGCUGGGGGAACACAUCAAAAAUAUCAAGGACAUUCUCAGAAAUGACCGCGAGUUUCCUAAUAGAAUGAGUGAUGAAAUGCUUCAAAGAGCCCGAGCUGUUGCAAUGGAUUUGAACAUAGAAAUUUCGAUUCCACGUCUUGCUCACAAGCAAACACAUAGAAGUAAUCCGCCAUCAGACAAUGAUAACGAAUAUUGGCGGCGUUCCCUGAUAAUACCAUACAUUGAUUCACUCAUUUCAUCGUUGAAUAUUCGAUUCUCCCAAGAAAAUACUCCGGCGUUUGCUUUAAGUAAGCUACAUCCCUUGUAUAUGACCAAAACCAGCAUUACAGACUUACACAAGAACGCAGAAUCAUUCCAAGAAUUUUAUAACCUGGAUAUCACCGGAGAACUGAACCUUUGGCAUAAUUUAUGGGUGAAGAAGGCUUUAACAGAUGAUCAAUUAAGGGACAUAGAAGUAGUUGAUCUGUUCAACGAAGCCAACAUUUUUUACCCUGCUGUCAGAAAGGCAUUGAUUAUUUUAAGCACUAUCCCAUGCACCACGGCGACCGUAGAACGGUCCUUCAGUACGCUGCGAAGGGUUAAAACGUGGCUUAGAAGCACCAUGGGUGAAGAAAGGCUUACAGGUUUAUGUCUGAUGAGCGUACAUCGCAAUUAUUCAAAAGAAAACAGUGAGUUUAUUGAAAAGACCAUCAUAGACAAGUUUUCGUCAAAUCCGAGAAGAUUACUGUUAAAUUAAUAUAUAUAUAUAUAUAUAUAU